UUGACAGUAACACCCUGUCCUUAUAACCCUUUUAAUUGUCAUCGUAGGAAUAUAUUUAAUAAAUAAUUACAUAUAUAUAAUUAUAAACAUAAAUGCAGUGAGACAGAAGGAAAAUUAAAAGACAAUUAAUCGCAAUAUAAAUAAUCAUGCUUGUGUUAGUGCUGGGAGAUUUACACAUUCCUCAUAGAUGCAGUAGUCUACCGAGUAAAUUCAAAAAACUUUUGGUACCUGGACGAAUACAACAUAUUUUAUGUACUGGUAAUCUUUGUACCAAAGAGUCGUAUGAUUAUUUAAAAACACUUGCCAGUGAUGUACAUGUUGUUAGAGGUGAUUUUGAUGAGAAUCUAAAUUAUCCAGAACAAAAAGUCGUGACAGUUGGACAAUUCAGAAUCGGCCUAUCACACGGUCAUCAAGUGGUACCUUGGGGUGAUCCAGAAUCACUGGCACUAAUCCAGCGGCAGUUGGACGUCGAUAUACUCAUAAGCGGUCAUACACAUAAAUUCGAAGCAUAUGAACAUGAAAAUAAAUUUUACAUUAAUCCAGGAUCGGCUACCGGUGCCUACAAUCCUCUUGAUACAUCCGUCAUUCCUUCUUUCGUACUAAUGGAUAUCCAAAGCUCGACAGUGGUAACUUACGUUUACCAAUUGGUGGGCGACGAAGUAAAAGUCGAGAGAAUUGAAUACAAGAAGAGUUAAAAAAAAAAAAGUAAUUAAUUAAUUAAUGAAUUUAUACAAAAAGGAAGCACUUAUAUAAUCUUAUACAUUAACUUAAAAAUUUAAUCGCUUUAUUAUAAAUUUAUAAAUAAAUAAUCUUGUAAAUAAAUAUAAGAAAAAUAUUAUAUAUAUAGACAGUUAUAA